AUGGGAGUUGGGUUAGCGGACCGCAAAUCCAAACUCAAGUAUCUCUCGUCAACCUUGUAUUCGACUGCGUCUCAUGUUAAAUCCAAGAUUCACGAUGCGCCCCAAAAACAAGGAAGAGAAGCUCCGUUUUCUGUUCACGUACUUUGUCAACAAAAUCAGGUAUUCUUGGGCGUUGUUGGGUUGGGUCGUACUUAUGAUAUCGACGAGCUGAUGUUGGUAUGCAGCUGGGACUUUUGCGCAUGGAAAAAUUAUAUUCUUUGGAACCCCACUAGCCAAGAAGCGAUUCUCGAUAUUCUCAUAGACUACUGUGAUUACCAAGAUUUUCCCAAGUUGAGUGCCAAACUGUACUCACGAGAAACUGAUUCUUGGAGGAAAAUCAAGUAUCCUUACCAGCAUGAGAGCAUGCCAAGUGAAAAAAAAUCUGUUCGUAUAGGCGGCUCUUAUUACUUUGGAUUAAGUUCCAGGCUUAAUUCAAUCAUCUCUGAAAAGUUUGCGGCUGCUUUACGACGCAGAUUGGUGGACUUGGCCAUCUGUGCUGAUUAUGGGGCAGUUUGUAAGCCUUAUGUCGAGAGCUCUGUUCCGCUCAAUGCAUCAGAAUAA